CGUAACAGAAUAGCUUGGGAGUUUGCAGUCUUCACUCCAAAGACUGAGCCAUGUGAUUAAUUUAUUAUUUUAUUUUAUUUUUACCAAAUAAUUUAUUAAAACUAUUAUUUAUUACUAUAACUAUUGCUAUUAAUAACAAGAUUAAAUUAUCCCAAUGAUUUUAAAAAUAAUUUUUACUUCAAUUUUUAAAAAUUUAUUAUCGCCGCCAUUGUCUACAUACUUUUAACUUCGGAACAAACCGAUAACAUGGGUCAUGAUCCACGAAAAAUAUUAUCACUUGCUAAUUAUCCAUUUAUUACAUUAAUUGUAAUAAAUUGUUACUCCAUAAAUUAUCGGAAAUAAUUGUGCAAGUUUUAAAUAAAAAUUACUAAUUUUUUUUUGAUUCCUCGAAGAUGCAACCACGGUUGAGACAAAGUGUCAAUGAAACAGCUUUAUGUUCACCAACAAAUCUUACUCUGUCAUGGAAAAAUAUAUGUUAUAGUGUGAAAGUUAAAAAAAAUGAGAGUUAUAUGAUGGAUUUUUUCCGCGGUCGGCGUAUGGAAAGUAUUAAUAUAUUAAAUGGAGUCAGUGGUGUUGUUAAAUCUGGUACUUUGAUGGCUAUUUUAGGAUCGAGUGGAGCUGGAAAAACCUCAUUAUUAGCAACAAUAAGUAGAAAAAUUAAAAAAUGUACGACAGGUGAAAUUUUGUUGAAUGGUAAAUUAUUUACGCGGCAAUUAAUGUCGAAAAUUAGUGGUUUUGUGCCGCAGGAAGAUCUUGCUAUUAAAUCGCUUACAGUACAAGAGCAUAUGGAGUUUAUGGCUAAAAUGAAAAUAGACAGCCGUUAUCGUCGAGUAGCACGCAGUCAAAAAAUCGACGUCCUUCUUCUCGAUCUAGGGUUAAUAGAACUUAAAAAUUCAAAACUGUCAACGUUAUCAAACGGCGAGUGGAAAAGAGUAUCUUUGGCAGUUCAGUUACUAACGGAACCUAAAAUUUUGUUCUGCGAUGAACCAACCACCGGAUUAGACAGUUAUUCAGCAACAGUUGUCAUAGAUGCACUAAAAAAUAUUGCAUCUAAAGGUAGAAUUGUUAUUUGUUCACUUCAUCAGCCUGCGUCAGGCUUACUGGAUCAUUUUCACAAAAUUUACCUCCUUGCUGCCGGUAAUGUUGCAUUCCAAGGAAGUCUUUCUGAAGCUAUUGCAUUUUUUUCUAGCUUAGGUUACAACUGUCCGACGAUAUUUAGUCAUGCCGAAUUUUUCGUAAAACUGCUAUCAAUAACUCGCGGCAAUGAAGACGAAAGCAUUGAAAAAAUAAAUAAAAUAUGUGAGGAAUUCAAAAAAUCCGUGUAUGGAAAACGGAUGAUGGCAUCAAUCCAAGAAGCUUUUGCUGGAACAUCACUAGAUAAUAAUAACGAUAAUAUCAAAGAUAUUGUGCCACAUCCAAUAUUUGCUGCAAGUCACUCACCGCUUUAUGACUUUAAAAAGAUUCCUGUUUUCCAACAACUAAAGUGGCUAACAUGGCGCAAUUACAUUGACUACAAAAGAAAUUCAACGGGAAUUUUAUUGAAAUUUUUGAUAUAUAUUAUUGGUGGUUUGAUCCUUGCAACACCUUAUAUACAUGUCACAAGAAAUAUCGAUCAACGUAGCAUACAAAAUGUUCAAGGUUUGAUGUAUUAUAUUGUAACUGAAACAAUAUUUACAUUUCAUUACGCUGUUUUUUAUACAUUUCCUAAAGAAAUGCCACUUUUGUUACGUGAUAUGGCUAAUGGACUCUACUAUCCUUUGCCUUAUUAUGUCAGUAAAGUUGCUGUUAUGAUACCAGGUUCUAUUAUUCAACCAUUCAUUUACUCCGCUAUGAUUUACUGUAUCACAGGAUUAAAAGGUGGAUUUAUAAGUUUUUUAUAUUUUGUCCUCCCAGUUAUACUUGGAGCUAUAUCUGCAGGAGCUCUUGGAUGUUUAAUGUCUGCACUGUUUGAUUCAUUUGAAACUGCAUCACUUUUAUCAGUGACAAUAGACUUUCUGACCCUUAUUUUCAGUGGGAUUUAUCUGAAUCUUGGGAAUUUACCAGCACAUAUAUCAUGGUUGAAAUAUAUUUCGCAAUUUUACUACUCAACAGAGGCUGUUUCCGUAACUCAAUGGCGCGAAUAUAAUUAUAUAAAUUGUUCAACGAAUAUUGAAGCACCGUGUCUGACAUCUGGUGAACAAGUGCUGGAAAAUUUUGGAUUUACACCAGGAAAUUAUUUCAUUGAUUUAAUGGGACUUGUAGCUAUUUUUACUUUCAGUCAUUUUGCAGGUUUUCUGGCGAUUUUUUACAGGAGUCGUAAAGAGCCCGUUUAUUGAAUUAAUUAAAAUUUUUUUUGUAAUUGUAUAUUUUAUAAAAAUGCAUUGUAAUCAUCGUUCAUUAAAAAAAUUUAUACUGCAAUAAAUCAUGUGAUAUUUAGUUUCAAUAUUAUAGUCAAAAAUAAAAA